AUGCCGUCAAUGUAUCCGCUGAUGGGUUGGUUCACGCAUCGAUCUCGAAGUCAAGCCCCUGUCUGUAGACUCCUGUCUGGCUCUGAUAUAAUCGAGUCUAACGAAUAUCUGCAAAAACUAGACUCUAAUGGGCCAAUCUUCAUGCCGAAUUCUCGUCUCAUGCAGCAAAUGCUGCGCUUUGAUUUUGAACGGUACCAGGAAGAGAUCGGCGACGGCAAAUGUCCGAUGGACCCCACGGUUAUCUGCAUUCCACGAGGUGUGAUCGUUCCCAUGUUUGAUUGUCAGUUAAAAAUAGACGCUUAUGAGCUUAGGUACUCCCAUCCCAUCCGCGCUGGUACUAUGGAGAGAAGGCGUCUCUCGAUUCUCCCUGCAACCUUCAAGUCCGAUGGAAAUCGAAACGAGUUCUAUGAAAAAUCCGCUAAAGUGAUCGGCGCAGAGGAAUGGAUCGAGAACCAUCCAUACCGGGAGAGUGUUGCUGACGAAAACGAGAAAGGAUGGAUGGUUUAA